AAAGAGGAGAACUGAAGGGAUAUAGACUACUUCUGUAUUGGAGAAGAAUUCCUGCCAUUAAAACGACAUGAAACUAGGAGCUCUACUGCUGCUGCUUCUGGGGUCCUUGCACGGGGUGUUCACUCAAGUGCCUAUAACUGCAUUUACUGAAAGAACAGCUGUGGAGGAAGGUCUAGGAAGUGGUCUGUUAGAGGUGGAACAGGAGGAUGAACUGGCAGACACUUACUGGUCUGGGACAGCCCCCCUUUGUUUCGGAGGGUGUAAAGGCAGACACAGGGAGCUGAAGAGAGACAACUGUGGAGAUUCAGACUGCUGCUGGGUGGGGUAUAAAUCCCUGUGUAGAGUGAAUUGUGGAAAGCCUGAUGUGGACUUUAAUGGUAUGGUGUAUGGGAGUGAUUGGUGGGUGGGUUCUAUAGUGCGGUAUGACUGCAGACCAGGGUUCGUGUUGGUGGGAGAUCCUGCCCGAGCCUGUCAGUCCAAUGGGAAAUGGACGCCCAAACCAUCCUGUCUUAGAGUGUGUUAUCGUGGCCGGGUUGAGAUCAAUGAGAAGGACAUCGACGGGACAUGUUCGUCCACCUGUCCUGAUGCUAAAAGCUAUGCAGUCCCUCUGAACCACAAAUGCAGUCGUAUUGAGAACUGCAGAACUAAAGAAUCAGGCUGGAAGCGCUGGUUUACACGCUGCAACUACUGCGACUGUGACUGCUUCACUCCCUGUGCUUUACAGGAUAGAAGACCGUGAAUCUGUAUUCAUUAUCCUCUGGAAACAACAGAAUUCAUUUUUAUUUGAAUGUAAAGAGAGAGGAUUGACAUGUAACCUUAACAGAACUUGUCAAACUGAAUAUAAAAGCAUUUUAUGCAUCUCUAGAUUCUAAAUAUCUACACAAUUGGAGACCUUUAUUUUAAUCACUGACUACAAAAGCCCAGAUGUCUGGAAAUGUCGCUGUUUUCCCUUAUCUGUGUUUAGUAGUACAGAUAUGUAAUGUACAUUUGAUUGUAUAGUUAGAGUUUACAACUGUGGAAAGAUCAGAGAAACAUUUCUGUUCCAGUAUUAUACUAUUGUAGAUCCAAUGAAAUUAUUAUUCAUACUCCUUGCAUUAAUAUAGUUGAUCCAAAUCAGAGUGAUCUCUUUUAUAACCACAAAAUAUAACUGAUAACAGAAAACAAAUGUCCUUUUAGUCCCAAGUGGUGAAGUUCAUAAUGAAAUUCUCAUUUUUCUUGGGUUGGUAGCAGCCAAUUCCUGCAAAAGAUUGUGGAAAUCUAUUUUGUUUAUAUAUAUAUAUAUAUAUAUAUAUAUAUAUAGUGUUGUAAAUAAAAUGAAAGCAAAAUACCAAUUCAUUAAAAAAAAAUCUUUAAAGUCUGUGUGGCUAAUUAAACUCAUACACCUACCCACAUUCAGUCGGGUUAUACUGUUUUCUUUUCUUCGACAGAAGCUCCCAAUAUGUGUGGUUUUCAGUAGAUCCAGCCAGUCCGUUCACACUCUCCAGAUAUAUGCCAAAGCAUUUGUUAAUACUGUAUGUGAAACUAAUAGAAAUAAAUGCAGGAGAAUUAGCACAAAAGAAUAACAUUACCACUACAACAGUUCUUUAAAGUCCUGAGCCUUGUACAAUAGACUGACACGGUAAAAAGAUGCCCCAUUUCCCCAUAACCUAUCAACCUACUAUGUUAAACUUGCUUUAUGUAAAGUGCAUUAAACCAGAAUAAUUUGAUAAUAUUUUGUGACAUACGUGAAGCUGUUGUUGGUAUCCUUUAGUUUAUUUAAGACCCCAAACAUCGGCAUUCCCACUGUCACAGCAGUGGGGUAGGAGACCUUUGUGUUAGCAAAUUUAUUAGUGACAGUCACCUUAAUGGGGAUCUGUUCCUGCUGUCCUGUUAAGAAGAGAGAUUUUUGUGCAUAAGAGAGACUCAGAGAAUCCUAUAAUAGCAAUGUAUUAAAUCUUUUCAAAUGUUAUUUAGGAUGUUAGACCUUAAAAGAUUUAAAUUCAAUCACGUUUCUCCUCGUGUUUAGCAGAAAUCUUGGCUUUAUAGAAGCAAACUCACCUGAGUGGUCAUCUCAUUCCCCCAGCCCUGGGAAAGGCUGCAAAGCUGCAAAGCACAGAAGACUAAUCGCCGUCAGAGCCAUUCUAGCAGUCUGCAAAGUGUGUCUGAAUGUCUCUCACAGCUGCACACCCUGUUUAUAUAUAUUUUUUUUUUGCAUUCCAACUUUGCAAGUCAUAUAAUUUCUAGGAAAGUUGUACCUUAAAAAGGAGUGGUCAGCCAAGAAAUGAGGAAAGAACAUGACAAAAAAUAACUGAUAGUUUGAUUCUUUGUUCUUGUUUUGCGUAAACUUAUUCAGUCACCAAGGAAGACAAGCUUCUUAUGAUUGUUCAUUGCAAAGUUAGUAGGAAAAAAGUGAAAUAUAACACAGUGCACUGUGCAGACAAAAAAAAAUUUAGAAGGAAAACGUUCCCCCCCCAAAAAAACUACAUAUUUAACAGUUUACAGCACCUUUUGAAUCACAAAUAGUGAGAAAUGUGAACUACUUGAAACUACACAAAAACCAUGUUAGAUCAACAGAAUUCUCCCAAGUGUCGUCCCAACACAGUUGUCUGAACAAAGAAUUGUUAAUUGAACUAUAUUGCUGAAAUUUUAAGCGUUUGUGCCAUCCUAGCAUGCACUGCCGCCUGAAUACAUUACUGUUACAGGAUUAUUGUUUUGGUGUUUGCUGACUUUUGUUUAAACAUUUGGUGUUAUUCUGUCACUAUUGCUACACUUUUUUUGUUGUGUUGUGAUGUCAAGAGCUCAUCUCUUUACAUUUGUUUAUAAUCACCAUUCUUGAGAUUCGUGUCAAGUGUUGAGGUCCAUGUACAAACUUCAAAAAUGAUCCCAGAUAUCUUUGCUUUAUUUGCGUAAUUGUUGUUAGAGUCAUUCAACCAGACUGCCCAGUGUCUGAUCGUAUUCCUUAGAAAGGAGUGUUCUGCAAAGACUUUUGCAAUGAGGUUCUGAGGUGUCAAUCCAACUGUCUCAUUGUUUAAUGCAAACGUCUGUCUGUCUAUAUGUCCACACUGAAUGUAAGGAUGCCUCUGGAAUAUUUGCUAAAUUGGAGACCUAAAUGUAAAUCACAAAUAGCCCAGAUAUUCUGAAACAUGGCUGUUUUCCCUGGUGUCUGUGUAAUACAGAGAUGAAGCCUUAAUUUUAUUACUCUCUGAGCAUAAGCCAAGUGAAGAGGAAGCACUAUGUGUGUUGAAUAUUGCACUGGUACGCUAUUUAUUUGAAUCAAAUGAGUUAGUGAUGAUUGUUAAAAGACCAUGGAGGCUUUUCAGUUUCGGGAGCUCUAGGUAUAUGUUUAUUAGAGUAUUAUACUACUGUGGGUACAGUGAAAUUGAGUUUAUUUAUUCAAUUGAUGACUGAUGAAAGAUGUGGUAUUGAUACAGCUGAAUCAGAGUGGUCUUGUUUAUAACCACAAAAUAUCCACAAACAGCAAAUCUCCUUUUAGUCCCAAGUGGUGAAGUUCAUAAUGAAAUUCUCAUUUUUCUGGGGUUGGUAGCAGCCAAUUCCUGCAAAACGAGGAAAAAAAUAGAAUAUAGAAUAGAAAAACCAAAAUACUAGUGAAUAUAAAAAGUUAUUUUCUUGCUCCACUAUAUUUGUACACAUGCUCAGAUUGUAGCAUGUGUGAUAUUUAAUUAAACUCAUCCACUAACCCAC